GUUUCCUCCAUUUUGAUUCCCACGUGGAUGUUUAGCGUUUCUGUUCCGCAAUUUGCACUUUAUUUCGUACGGUUUCGUCGUAAUCUGUGUUCCGAUUUGGAUUAUCUGUUCAUUGUCAGCUGUCGAAUUUUUACGCGUUUGUGUACAUUUUCUUGGCUCUAAUAGUGUUUCAUUUAUUAUAAAAAUAAGAUGACUGACAAAUCUUUAACGGAGGUGCCAGUUGCACAAAAUGAGGUCAAGUCUAGCUGGGCUGAUGAAGUUGAAGAAGAGGGAGGAGUAUUACCUCCGCCUACGGAAGUCUACGAAAAUGGUUUCAAGAUUCUCACCGAGUACAAGUACAAUGAAGACAAUAAGAAAGUCAAGGUUGUACGUGUUUACAAGAUAGAGCGACGUAUAGUUUCGAAAACGAUUGCGGCACGUAAAAAUUGGACGAAGUUCGGCGAUUCUGAUGACGACAGGCCGGGACCCAAUCCAGCUACCACUGUCGGUGGUGAGGAUGUUUUUAUGCAAUUCAUCUCCAGCAAAGAGGAGGAGAACAAAGUGGAGGAAGACUCUUUGGAUAAAUUGAAAAGUAUGGGCGAUAAGGGAGUCGUCAAGUGCCGUAAUUGCAAUGGCGAUCACUGGACGUCCAAGUGUCCGUACAAAGACACUGUUCUUGCUGGUGGAAAAGUACCAGACGACAAGAAACCUCUCGUUAAUUCUGGAGUACCUGGUACAAUGGCUGAACUUAAGCCACAAGGUGGCAAGUAUGUGCCGCCCGGUAUGCGCGACGGCGGCAGCAAACGCGGAGAUUCGAUGCAGAUGCAGAGACGCGACGAUACGACAGCCAUACGUAUUUCCAAUCUCUCGCAGAGCACUACAGAUGCUGAUCUAGAUGAGCUUGUAAAGCCAUUCGGUUCCGUAGUCAAGCAGUUUCUCGCUAAAGAGAAACUUUCCAAUCUUUGCAAGGGUUUCGCAUAUGUACAUUUCAAGCACAGGGUUGAUGCAGCAAGAGCAAUCGCAACUCUGGAUGGUUACGGUUACGAUCAUCUAAUUUUGAGCGUCGAAUGGUCGAAGCCACAAGUUCAAAAUAAUUAAAGUGAUGCGAAGCAUGCGACAGUUACGGAUAGAAAAGUGAAAUUAGUUCAACUGGAAGGAAUCCUUAUAACAAACGAAUUGUGUUUGUGCAUAUAUUUAUGUAUAUUCUUAUUACAAUAUCAGAAGUAGAAAGACAAGU